AUGGAUUCGGGGUCGAAGUACCGGCCGUUGCAGGACGAUUUAGACGGCUCAGCGAGUAUAGAAAGUGCCGAGGAUGCUAUGGCGGUGAUGGAUUUGCUGCUGGCUCGCGAGUUGAUGUGGCAUAGUGGUCCGAUGCUGUUACAGACCGUUUUAAGUUGUGUGUUUGUGGAACAGGUGCUGGGUGGACUGGCGUCCAUUACUGAGGCUCCUGGCGUGCCGCCAUUCGAGGUCAAGGCGUAUUUGGAAGAGUAUAUCGUUGAGAAAACCAAUAAUAUCGGCAGUUGGAAAGACGUGGUGGAUGUUUAUAUUCUGGGACUCGCGAAAUGCGUGGACCAAGCCAUCACGGUUCUGGAUCCUAUGUCCACCAACGCUAUUUAUCCAGAAGAGGAUAUCAUUAUUAACAAGUCGGGUAUGUGCUUUUUAGAACCGCUGUCAGUUGAUAUCGUAGUACGAGCACUGGAAGCAGCUGCUAAAUGGAGCAAAAAUGCCCACAAAAAGACCCCGCCAGCUACCGCCGCUGCGAAAUCGGGUCAGGAUUCUGCCUCUGCCUCGUCUUCACACGUUUCGGAUCGAAUCAAGUUACGGGCGGAAUGGCUGUAUGUUCUCAAUCAAAAGGUUCCUAAAAAACCUACACAUUUGGUGGCAGCAUUGGGACUGAUAACGUCGAUUAAAAGCACGGUGCUGGCCGAUGAUGAUUCGAAGUAUGAGAAAUUCAAGACCAGUUUCUCAGAUGGAGUUCAAACACGAGUCAUGAACCCGAGUCCGCUACUGCAAUUGCGUGAUAUGCCGGUUUCUGAGGCAUAUACUACUUUACAUAACAUUGUAGACAGCAUUCAAGGGUUCCGGGAUCUGUUCAGUGUCGACAAGUCGUCGGAUUUAUUGGCAUACUAUUUAACAUUCUCCGAACGGCAAAACCCACGUCCUCUGCCAAUAGUAAGAGCCAUGUUAAGAUUGGUGGUGGGUCCUUCAGAUAUUCUGGGCUUGCCGUUUAAAACAUGGGUCAUUCGAGAUAUCCAGGAGAUGUCGAGUCCCACUUACGACACGGUUCUCAAGUCAUCAACCCCGUCUAUCAAACGACUGGUCGAACCGUUUUUACAGCAGGCAGUGCUAUGUUAUACUGACCUUUUAGCAGUCAUGUGUCAAAACCGACCUCGACAGCGACAGAAUCUGGCUCAUUGUAUUCUUUCAUGGGACAGUCUUCAAGUGAGUGCCGAGAAUCUCGAACAAGCUCUUGAACCGCUUGUAGAAGAACAAACCAUCUCACUUGCUGAUAAUUCGAAAGUGCCAGCUCUGCCUAUAUCGUCGUGGGUGUACCUUCGAAAACUGCAGAUUAUGACAUGGGUGGUUCUUCUCGGGUUUGAGCUCGAUGUAUAUAAACCAUGGGAGUUUCCUAUCAUGUACUCGUAUGGCCACUACCUGAUGACCAAGUUACGAGAACAUUUAUCACGAAUUCGCACCUUUCUCGAACAGACGAAUCAACGAGUGUCUGCGCGAUAUAUCAGUGCACUUGAACUGGAGUCCAUGGCACUGGAUCAAAUCACCAUGGCCAACCAGUACCACAGUCUGGCAUUACAACUGGCAGGAUAUAUCCCUGACCAUCCCUCAGCCAUGGCCACAUCUCCUGAACUUCUUCACGGACUUCGAAUGAAACCGUUCUCGUCUGUAGGAAUCCCUGAAGCACCCUCUUACCAAGAACUCCGUGAAGGACUCCAAACAUCCGCACCCACAAUCAAAUUGGCUCUGGACUUUGCCAAACAUUUCGCCGACUCGUGCCGUUCACUCGUCACCAGCCUGACCUCAGUAUCCCAACCGAACCCAGGCCUCGAUCUCCUCAAACGAUCCGCCCUGACCAUCUCCAUCUCGGGCGCCGACCUCAAACGGGCACUCGAACCACUCACAGACAACGACUCCCUCGCCAAAGAACUCACUCUCCUCGCCCAACACCCCACACUCUCCACCAAAAAAGCACUCGUCAAAACCGACGGCUGCCACCUCUUCUUCCCCGUCAUCACCCUCACCACCCCCUCCUCCUCCCACAAAUAA